GAAGAGAAGAAAGACGAAGGAAAUUGAUUGCAACGGUAGUCUCUUUAUAGUACAAUAUAUAUGUAAUUCUCUAGCCUCCGCCCUAAGCUCAUCGUCAUGUUCUUCUUCCUCGUCUUCUCUUUCUCAAACAAACUCACAGUUUCAGACAGUACCAGUACAGUGGAUCAGAUUUGGUUCAUAUCGAAAUUUACUCUUUCUUGGAGUCUUUUUGAAUCUCUCCCUUUUACUGAAAAAUUUACACAGUGGAAGGCCUUGUUAAGAGAAUGGGCCUCCAAUAUUACUCGAAGCUCAUUCCGGUGGGAAUCAAAUGGGGACGCUACAACAUCAUUCUAUGCACAUGCUAUCAUUCCGUGAGACAGUGGAUCCAUCGCCAGCUUUAUUCUUCAAGGGCUACUCGGCUCAUCGGGGGUUUGGUGGUCAGCCACAGCACUGUAAGCCGUGUGGUAGUGGGUCUCAUGAUAACAUACCUCACCACAAACUGGAGGCACCCGCAUUUUGGAUUAGCUGCUGUGGUGACAAACGUGCAAGAUGGUGUAUCAGACAUCCUUGUAAUUGUGCUUGCUCAUAUCUCAGAUACAUCCAUGGGUCAUUUUAGGAUGAUUGUCUUCACAAAUAUUGCAUAUUUUCUUGGACUAGUUCUAUUGGCGGUUUCUGCUGGGUUUAUGAGUCAGGAUAUAGCUGCUAGAGUAUUCUAUGGAGCUGCGGUACUUUUAGCCUUAGGCGAAGCUGGACGAUCUGCGAGUUUGGAAGAAUUUCAUGAGGAUCAAUGUAUAAGUGAGAGGACACAAAAACCAUACAUAAGUGAUGAUGAGAAAACUCGGACUGCAGAAGCACUCUGGCACCAAUGGUGGUUUUUGGGUGCAGCACUGGCAUUGUUGUUGUCUAGUUUUGAAUGGUUUUUAAUGUUCAUGAUCUCAGCAUCUGCGAUCGGGAUUUCCUCGUUCAUAUUCUGGCUCGGCGUGCUUCUUACUUCAUAAACAAUAAAGACCUAGCCAGCAAUAAAGAAGACAUAAGGAUACUGCAUCUUGACUAUCUUGAAAACAUAUCCACCCUCUGUCCAGUAGAACAAUUGCAAGAACCAAGACUGGAGCUUUACACAGCCACAGAGAUGAUCCGGUAUCGGCGAGCAGAACAGGCACAAGAAGGGGAGAAUCUCACAGAACCCAAAGAGUGUCUCCGUCCGGCAGAAAGAUUAAGAGCAAAAAAGUUUUGGACACUCAGUAAACUUAAGGAGGAAAAACUGUUUUUCAUGAAGCUAUUGCCUUGGUGCCCAGCCUUUUUGGUAUACAGUGCGGUAGAGGCAUCAGUCAACACGUUUUAUAUAGAACAAACAGAUAACUGGAAAGUUCCUGCUGCCGGAAUUAUUCUCAUCAUGAAUAGCAAAUCGUUCUCAAAUUUCAUCAUUCCAUAUCUUUUUCAGUUACUUGUUCCAAAGAAGUGCAGAGAUGAUACAGUGAUGCAAAUUGGCUGUGGGAUGACUUGUUGUGUGUUUUGUUGUAUUGCUGCUUGGCAGGUUGAGAUCCACAGGAUGAGUUCAGUAAAACACGGUUCCAAUAUUAUUAGCGUCUUUUGGUUACUUCCACAGUUCUGCCUAGCAGGCUUCAUGGAAGGGCUAGCUGUCGGGGGAUUGAAUGGACUUGUUCUUGAUCAAGUAGCUGAGGAUAAUAAGCUACUGACUAGGUACGGACCUCACAUUAUUGACUUCGUCUUGGGUAUUGGAAAGCUAAUUACAGCCCUUAUUCUUUUGUCCUGCAGACAAAGUUGGUUUCAAGGUGACAUGAAGACAAGCCGUCUCGACAAGUAUUACAGAUUCUUAACAAUCUUAAGUCUUGUUAACUUAUUGAUGUGUUACACCUGUGCCACCAUUUACUUCUAUGCCAAUGGUGGUCAUGGAUCACAAAGCAAAAUCGUUGAUGAUGAGGAACUCGCCGGUGGAGGCGCCAAUGGAUCCAUCAUCUCUCAUUCUAGCUACGGUUAAUUUCUACCUCAGCUAUGUAUGACUAUUAGCCUAUAUAGAUCAGGAUUGACUGCACCAUGUAAGCAUAUCUCAUCAGGUGUAUGGAAGGCAGUAGGAUAGUGUAUUAGAGUAGUUAAUUUGUUACUAUGGUUACUAGCUUGGUUUUUAGGAGUUAAAUUGAUACUAUUGUUACUUGGUUUUUUAGGAGUCUGUUGCUAUUGUUACCCAUUCUCUGUUGGUGUUUGUUUCCAUUUUCCAGUAUCUGUAUAUAUACCUAGAUUAGUGAAAUAUUCAUUCAUGAAUGUGAGAGACAAAUAUUAUCUUC